AUGUCUGAUUUACGAGAAUAUUUUGGAAAUUCUCCAAUCCUUGGAGUCGAUUUUCCCAUUAGUGAUAGUUCCAAUGAGACUAGACAAAAUUUCGAACGAUCAACAAGGCAAGACAGCAAAAGGAGACUGAUCGAAUUUUUUAAAGGCAAUAAUUUUAAAGGUGUUAAAUUAGACGUUCUUGAAUACGCACCUCUACUUGAAAAAAGAUUGGAAA